AUGGAUUAGAAUUAAAACGCUAAGAAAACACGCGCAAGAGUUUGAAGAUCUGGAGAAAAAAUUUCUGGGAAAAUUCUGUGUUUCUCGGAGGGAAGAUCCGUAUAUUCCAUAUCCGAAAGGUGUUUCGUUAUUCUUCUGAUCGGCGUCGGGUUGAUCCAGUUGGAUAAUUCGAAAGAUGGAUCCUAACCAGGCACCAGUUGAAAACUAUGCGAAUCCGAAGACGUGUCUCUUCCAUGUUCUCUUCAAGGGUGCUGCGUUGGCGUUUUACAUUCUAUCGGCUCUCUUCUUCAACAGCUUUGUAAUCAUCUUUGUGGUGACUGUUCUUCUUGCGGCGCUUGACUUCUGGGUGGUUAAGAAUGUGAGUGGGCGUAUACUUGUUGGUCUCAGGUGGUGGAACGAGAUCAAUGACUUGGGUGAAAGUGUCUGGAAGUUUGAGUCUCUUGACCAGGAGUCGUUGGCUCGGAUGAACAAGAAAGACUCGUGGCUUUUCUGGUGGACGCUUUACCUUGCAGCAGCUGCGUGGUUAGUCCUUGGGAUAUUUUCACUGAUAAGGUUUCAGGCUGACUAUCUGCUCGUUGUCGGCGUUUGCUUGUCCCUCAACGUGGCUAAUAUCAUCGGCUUCACAAAGUGCAAGAAAGAUGCAAAGAAACAGUUUCAGCAGUUUGCCUCACAGACAAUCGCAUCACGGUUCCAAUCCACGGUACAAUCUGCCUUCACCCUUGUCUGAAAAGAAGAAAAGGUUUGGUGAGAGCAGAGACAGUGUACAAAGAAGAUUUGCCAUAAGCAAACAACAUGUUUUUUGACUGAUUCGUUUUCUCAAUAUACUAUUUUGUAAGGGAUUAAGAAAGAGAUUUAUUAUAUUAUGUCUUCUUACAUGUAUUUUCAUUUUCGACUUACCUUGUUUAAGAAACUUUUUGAGGUUGUAAAACAUUUUGAAAAGA